CAUUUAUCUGUACAUUUGUGUAACAACUAAUCUGCUGUUAUUGAAGUUAAAUAAGAAAAAUCGACGGUCUUGUCUGAUACUUGUAUAUAUUAAAAUAUAUCAAAAUUUUAGUACAAUUUUAUUCGAAAUGGCAGAAAUAACAGGCCGUGCCUUACAUUAUGUUUUCAAAAUUGGAAACCGAUCACAAAACUCACAUUUCUUUAGAAAUAUAUUGGGCAUGAAGGUUUUGCGACAUGAGGAAUUCAAGGAAGGCUGUGAAGCUACAUGCAAUGGGCCGUAUGAUAAUCGAUGGAGUAAAACUAUGAUAGGCUAUGGCCCAGAAAGUUCUCAUUUUGUUUUUGAAUUAACAUAUAACUACGGCAUUGCCAGCUACGAAAUGGGCAAUGAGUUUGGCGGUAUUACUUUAAAAUCUCAAGAAUCCAUUAAUCGUGCUAUAAAAUAUAAUUAUCCGAUAAAUGACGCCGAAAAUGAUCGAAAACUUUUAUUGUCUCCGGACGGCUAUAAAUUCUACAUAAUACCUGAAUCUGAGCCUAAAAAUUCCGAUCCAGUGGUGGAAGUUAAUGUUCAUUCCAGUGAUAUAAUUGCAUCGAAAAAUUUUUGGAUAAAUUUACUAAAAAUGAAUUUAAUUUCGCAAGAAAACAAAUCCAUAUUGCUUAAGUAUAAGGAGUCGCACCCUGGCCUUCGAAUCACCGAAAUACCGGAAACAAUUAAUCGUGCCAAGGCUUAUGGUCGUAUCGCAUUUGCGGUACCUAAAGCACAACAACAAGGUAUUAGUGAUAUGAUAACCGAAGCUAAAGGUACCAUAUUAACGCCCUUAAUUGAGCUGGAUACACCCGGCAAAGAAACCGUACGGGUUAUAAUACUAGCUGAUCCCGAUGGUUUUGAGAUAUGCUUUGUAGAUGAAGAAGGAUUCACUAAAUUAUCUGCAGUGGAAGAAGAUGCUGAAAAAAAUUUAGAUAAAUAUAUUAAAAAAGAUCCAUUUGAAAAUGCAAGCGAUAAGGCAGAGCAAAAGGACAAAGAAGCCGAAGUCAAAUAGGGAACUAGCGGGAAAAACUAAUUCAGAGUGAGAAAGUCUUGGUGUUACGUUGAAUGUUGCAUUUGUUAGUUGUAGUGCUGUGAUUACGAUGGUAUUUCAAUUCCUGUCCACGGCGAGUUUUAUUCAUUAUGAAUAUGGAGAAAAAGUG